CUCCCAGAAUCCUUUGCGACACCCCAAUACUUGCCAGUCAUUCUGUGAAAGUGGUCCCGGUGUGUGAGUGAGACGGAGCUCCGCUGUUAAAACGCCUAGAUUUAUUUUUUACGAGUGUUUGUUUGACGUUUAGGCGUGAUUAUGAAAGAAACGACUAAGAGACGCGAGAAGGCGAAGGAGAGUAAAGCGGAGAAGCAGAAGGAGAACCAGGGCCCCGAGGCUCAGGAUGUGGAGAUGCCGGAGGAGGAUAGCUCUUCUGCCGCGGCUAAACCGGCUAAAGAACAGGACUCCAUCACCCUGGAAGAUAUUAAGGAGCAUGUGAAGCAGAUCGAGAAGGCCGUGUCGGGUAAAGAGCCUCGCUUCGUUCUCAGGGCUCUGCGUGCUCUGCCCUCCACCAGCCGUCGUCUCAACCCCAACGUCCUUCACAAGGCCAUCUCCGGCUUCUACACCUCUAAUGCUGCGGGGAAGGAGUUCCUGAUCGGCUUCCUCGAGGAGCCCAUGGACACAGAGGGAGAUGUUCAGUUCAGGCCUCGUACUGGUAAAGCAGCAGCUGCUCCUCUCAUCCCUGAAGUGGAGGCGUAUCUUCAACUGCUUUUGCUCGUCUACCUCAUCAACAACAAACGCUACACUGAGGCUCAGAAGAUAUCAGACGACCUGCUGCAGAAGAUCAGCUCUCAGAACCGCAGGGCUUUGGACCUGGUGGCUGCGAAGUGUUAUUAUUACCACUGCAGAGUGUAUGAGUUCCUCAACCAGCUGGAUACAGUGCGCAGGUAACACACACACACACACACACACACACACACACACACACACACACACACUGCUCUCUCUCUCUCACUCUCUCUCUCUCUCCUGAUGAGAAACUACCUGCACUACAACCUGUACGACCAGGCGGAGAAGCUCGUCUCCAAAUCCGUCUUCCCCGAGCUCGCUAACAACAACGAGUGGGCUCGCUAUCUCUACUACACCGGACGGAUUAAGGCCAUCCAGCUGGAGUACACUGAAGCCAGGAAAACUCUGACUAACGCCCUGCGUAAAGCUCCACAACACACCGCCGUGGGCUUCAAACAGACCGUCCAUAAGUUGUUGAUAGUGGUGGAGUUGUUGCUUGGAGAGAUUCCUGACAGACUGCAGUUCCGCCAGCCGUCUCUCAAACGCUCUCUCAUGCCUUACUUCCUCCUCACUCAGGCGGUGAGGACUGGGAACUUGGCGAAGUUUAAUCAGGUCCUGGAUCAGUUUGGAGAGAAGUUUCAGACCGACGGGACGUACACGCUCAUCAUCCGCCUGAGACACAACGUCAUUAAAACCGGUGUGAGGAUGAUCAGCUUGUCGUAUUCGCGGAUCUCUCUGGCUGAUAUCGCUCAGAAACUGCAGUUGGACAGUCCUGAGGAUGCAGAGUUCAUCGUAGCAAAGGCGAUCCGUGACGGAGUGAUCGAGGCCAGUAUAAACCACGAGAAGGGCUACAUCCAGUCCAAGGAGACGAUGGACAUCUACGGCACUCGGGAGCCUCAGCUGGCCUUCCACCAGAGAAUCUCCUUCUGCCUGGACAUCCACAACAUGUCCGUCAAGGCAAUGAGAUUCCCACCCAAGGCCUACAACAAGGACCUGGAAUCUGCAGAGGAACGCAGGGAGCGGGAGCAGCAGGAUCUGGAGUUUGCUAAGGAAAUGGCUGAGGAUGAUGAUGACAGUUUCCCAUAAAUUCACAUCAUCUCUUUAAUUAUUUUCUUGUUUGUUUGUUGCUGAUGUUUUUUUUUUUGUUCAUUUUCACUUAUUUUGCCGUGUAGUAAACCGUUCUGCACCACUCGCUCCUUUCUGUCUGGAUUAAAGAAAAGUUACACACAUCCACAAUAUUUAUAAUUCAAUCUACUGGAUCACACACACACACACACACGGUGUUAAUCGAUGUGUUUACAGCCUCAGUUGUGACCCAAUGAGUGUAUACCUGCAGAAAAAGUGAGUGCACAGUGAACUCCAACAAAACACUUAUUACAGAUUAUAAACAUCAACUGCAUGAAUUCACCCCUGCUAUGUUCCUCGACCUCCUACACCUUCAUAUCUAACCUUCUCUUCAUAAUCAUCUGGAACAUCAACAGAAUCCUGAGCCACAUCCAUGUUCAUCACUUUUAUCAUUAAUAAAAUGAAAACAUCCA